AUGGCUCAACCACGCAGAAUGACUGAUGGCAUUGCAAUUGUGGACUACACAAAGCUCAAAAUCCAAAGGACCCUUGGACGUGGAGCGUUUGGAAUAGUUUAUGUUGCUGAGUACCUUGAUCGCGUGCAAGGACCAGUGGUGAUGAAACAGAUCUGCGAACCAAUCAACGAGGAUGCAAGAAAAUUGUUCAUGAAAGAAGCCAAGUUGCUAAAUGGCCUCCAUCAUGAUAAUAUCGUCAAAAUGUAUGGUAUCUGUGUUCGGCCCCUUGUUAUCAUUAUGGAGUAUGUAUGUUUUGAUUUUAAACCAUUCUUAAACAAAAAUCUGAAGAUUAACACCGUAGACAAAUUUCUGGCAGAAGUAUUCAAGCUGUCUAAUUUGGAGAAAUGGUUUGAUCCGUUCAUUCCGGCAAUUGCAACAGACAUAACAAAAGGACUAUCAUACCUCCAUAAUCUUGAAAUUGCCCACCGUGACCUAAAGCCAAUGAACAUAUUGAUAUCUAAUCAACAUUACUGUGACCUUGAUGAUGGCCAGGAAAUUAAACGCCGGCUUAUGUCAGAAAAACCUAUCAUCUGUAAACUGGCUGAUUUUGGUGAAAGUCGUUCACAACUCAUUCAAACAGACAAACGAAAUAAUCCCAGCACCAACCACUUACAAAGAGGGACGACUCCUUUCAUGGCGCCAGAAAUAAUUUUACCCGAAGGAGUGUCUUAUCUAGGGUCUUCACUGUCUUUGGAAGACUUGAAAAGAGUCGACAUCUGGGCUCUUGGGCAAGUGUUUUACUGUCUGAUCAAUCCUGGUGUUUCGUAUCCAUUUGAGCGAGAGGGAGCUGAUGUUAGUCAGAUCAUGCUAAUGCAUCGACAACGUAAACGCCCGUCUGCCGAUCCGAAGUACCAACCCAAGCAGACCACAGUUUGGUCCCGAGUGCAUGCUGCUUUUGAGGCUUGUACAAAGCACAAUCCAUCUGAGAGACCUAGCGCCACUGGAGUCUUGGUUGUUCUUCAUUCUCGUCGCUAUGGAAACAGACACGGCAUAGGUAAAAUUAACUUCGUUCAAUCUUUACUUUGUUUUACACACAUAACGCCUGUCAUUGCUGAUGUAGGGCAAGACACCUGUGAUGACACUGGACAAUGGCCACUCCCUUUCAAAACUAUACCUUAAAGUGCCGUCUAUAGGCCCAUAUGCCCUUCCAAUUAACCAAAUUCUAUUAACAUUUCAAUGAUGAUAGAUUUAACGGGUUCUCAGUAAUCAGUUUUUCGGUUUCCCUUCAAGAUGGUUUAGGAAACCCGUACUUAAGCAACCUUAUAAGGAACUAUUCUGUGCAUCUUACGUAGCACACACACACAAAAAUUACACUUGGGUAGCGAAAGCAGAUUAUUUUCUUUUGUAUUUUCAGGUGCUUCUCCCCCAGAACAAAAACCCCCUGAAAGAAGUCACCUGCUAGGAAGACCAUCCCACGCGCCAACCGUUCAGUGGUAUGUUAGUGAGCAGGGUGAAGCAGCUCUUAAAUACGUUUUUGACGAGCUAUCCCAAAUAGCUACCAGUGAGGUCAAAAUGAGUCGCAGCAAAGUGACCCAAGACAUUUCAGUAAGAUUCGCAUACGAUGGGCAAGGAUGGGAAGCUUUGUUUCCUUUUGAUUUUCCACAAUCUAAGGCAACUUUAGUCUGCAAUGGAAAGGAGCGUCAAAAAGUGGGUGGAGACGCUUUCGAAAGUGCUGUUAAAGGCAUAAUAGGUGUGUUGAUCUCCUCGGUAAAUCGGCCACUGACUCCCAGCCAAGAAAACCCUGCUUACGAGCCCUGCGUUCAGUGGUACUCUGGUGAUCAUGGGGAAGAAGAUCUGAGAUGCGUUUUCAAUGAGCUAAGCAGGAUCGCUGACGGAGAGGUGAGCAUGAGUCGUAAGACUGACACACAAGAUAUUACAAUGACAUUUGAACGUAAUGGGCAAACUUGGCAAGUACAAUUUCCCCCUAAUUUUCCCAGAUCUAAGGCGAAUUUGAUGCGUAAUGGACAAGCGCGUUGGAAGAUUGGGGGUGAGGACGUGAAAGCUUCCGUCGAGGCUUUGUUAACUCACAUCUUAUCAGAGAAGGAGCCUGCAGCAACAGAGGCAAUUGCACUGGCGGCCCCGAGGGGUACUACACAGUGGUAUGCUGGUGACAAAGGGGAGGCCGCGCUCAAGCGAGUUUACAAUGGACUAAAGGAGAAUGCUGAUGGAGAGGUGAAGAUGAGUCGCGAUACAGACACUCAAGAUAUCAAGAUGCGUCUUGAGUACCUUGGGCAAAGAUGGCAAGUCAUUUAUCCGCCCAAUUUUCCAAGAUCUCCUGCAACAUUGCACCGAAAUGGAGAAGAAUACGUAAAGGUUGGUGGGAACAGCGUUGAAACCGCUGUCACUGCGAUUGUAAAUCACAUAUCAGGGCAUGGGCACACUGAAAUUAUGAAUGAAGUCUGUAUGUCUGAAAUGCCAACUUGUGCACAUGCUCAGUGGUAUUCUGGUGACCAAGGCCAGGCGUCACUGAGGUACGUUUAUGAAGAACUGGGCCGAAUCGCCGACGAUGAAGUACACAUGAGCCGCGACACAGCCACAAAAGAUAUUACGUUGAGUUUUAACCGUCAUGGACAACAAUGGGCAAUCAGAUUCCCUUCAAUUUUCCCAAGCUGCAAAGCGAACUUGAUUUUCAAUGGAGAAGUUCACGCGGAGGCUGGCGGCAGUACUUUGAAAACUGCUGUCACUGCGAUUAAGAAUCGCAUUUUAUCCGUAGAUCAACCUGGAGCCAAGACUUUGUAUUGGAAGCGUACAUCGUGUAUUCCUAGCUGA